UUCUCAUUUGCACAUAUUUUUUGCUUUGCAAAUAUUGCUCAUAGCAAAAAAGAAACAAAAAAAAGCAAUCAAUACCAGUAAAUCUUUAUCAGUUUUUCUUGAUAAAAAAUCUGUUCAAAACAAUGAGUGAAUUGUCUUUGGAUGUUUAUAUUACGUUCGAAUAAGAGUGAAUCAUUGAUUUGUUUAACUACAUAUUUAAGCGAGCUAACCAAUAAUAAUGCCCUGCGAGGAUUGUCAUUGUCAAUUCUCCGUGUUUCGUCGGAAAAGGAGUUGUGGAAAAUGCAAACGUUACUUUUGCAGCGAUUGCUUAAAAGGAUCGCGUAAAAUACCUAUAUGUGAGAUAUGUCAGUUGUUUUCUAAACGUCCUUUAUUACGCUCCGAUUUGAUGGAUAUGAAAUCGAAAGAUUUGAUUUUCUAUCUGCAAUCGAAACACAUUUCAACGGCUGGAUGUGUGGAGAAGGAAGAUCUGAUUGGUCUGGUUUUACAACAUGUACAAGUAACGGACAGUUCAAGUUCCAGUAGCAGUCAAAGUAGUCCCCAUCAUAAAGGGCAAACGCACAGGAGUGAAAGUUUUACUACACCGUUCGAGGGUAUAAAACAAUCGUGCCAAAAUUUUUUUACUAAUUUAAGCGAAAAUAUUAGUGAUUCUUUGUCUUCGUUUGAUACAAACAAAGCGUCGGCGAAGCCUUCAUGCGAGGAUGCGUUGCAUACCCAGCAGCCACGUAUAACGAUAAGAGAAUUGCCUACUUACGCCGCCAGUCAGAGUCGUCUCCCGGCCAUAAAUGAUGAUAAUCGAUCUAUACUUAGUCAUAAUCAAAACUUGAGCAGUGCUGGUAUAUUAGAUGACAACUUGAAUAAUAAUAAUAGCGGUACGCAUUCUUUGGAGGCAAUGACCCAAUUAAGCGUUAAUCUACCACAGUGUGUUAAUCACAAAGACGAAUGCGACUGCUCGGAUGAUGAACUAAUAAAUACCUUUAAUGAACGUUCUAGAUCGGUGGAAGACGCUUCACAUUUACCUAACAUCAAUGAAGCAGAUCAAUUUGUUACAGCUUCCACAAGUACGGGUGGCGUUUCCAGUAAGUUCACCUCUCAAAGCUCAAAGUUAGAAACUCUGGAGCAUGAUGAGGUUGCAGUUCAAGACGAUAAUAAUGAUCGGGACGAAGAUGAAUCUCUGCAAUCGUCAUUUGAAGAACUGGGUGCCAUAGGCGGCAUUACGGAUGAUAGUAAAACUACUACAGACACCAACAGCAACAACACUGACCAAUGGCAAAUACUUGACUUACAUAUACAAGCUCAGGUAACUGUGGAGGGGGAGCAUACCGUUAAUGUAAAUAAAGAAGCAAAUUUAGAAACUAAACAACCGCAAAUACCUUUACGUACCAAAAAAGCAUCCCGGCGACGUUCUGAAAGUUAUAUUAAUCGUCAAAGGUCCAAUAAUUUAAGCGAAGAUGAGGAUGAAUUGCAGCAAGUAAAUGAACCUCGAGUGGACGGUGAACUAACAACAGCUGCAUCAAACAGAACGAAAGCGCUUAAAUCAUGCCUACGCUGCGGCAAAAAUAAAGCAAACAUACGUCAACAGGUAGAGAAAAUGCGUCGACACUUAGAAAGUUCACAAAUGUCUGAAAGUGAUAUUAAACAAGAAUUGCAAGAUUUCUUGGCCUAUUUAGAGCAACGUACCAAAUCAAUAGAAUAUUCAGAUUCGGAGAACGGUGUUUGCGGUAGUUCAAUACAAAAUGCUGUGCACACAACACGUCAAGAGGUAGAGGGGGAAGUAAGAUUUGCCGAAUUAAACGAAGAUGAAGGUAUAAAUGUAUACGCAACGAGCAGUGAUAUAAAUGAAAAGAUGACUCGCUUUGCUAACUUAGAAGCCUAUCAAACAAUACAAGAAUUGGAAUGCUUAAGUGUCAAACAACUUAAGGAAAUUUUAAUGGUUAAUCGAGUUGACUUUAAAGGUUGUUGUGAAAAGCAAGAGCUAUUGGAACGUGUUGAACGACUUUGGAAGGAUCUAAAAGCUACACCAGCUGUGGAGAAACUACCUUCCGAUGAAUUAUGCAAAAUAUGUAUGGAUGCUCCUAUAGAAUGUGUGAUUUUGGAAUGCGGUCAUAUGGCUACUUGCACCAAUUGUGGUAAAGUUUUAUGCGAAUGCCCCAUAUGUCGACAAUACAUUGUACGUGUUGUACGUUUUUUCCGGGCCUAAUUAUUUAAAAAAAAAAAAAACAGCAAACGCGCUAUUCUUUGAAAAAGUUUAAAUAUUGAAGAUUGUUUAUUUUUUAGUGUAGGAUCUAUUAAAGUUUCACUAUUAAUAAUAUAUUAAAAUUAGUCUGAACUCUGUUACUUUUUAGUCACCGUUUGAAAAUUUACUUGUGGGGAAGAAAAUAGCAGAAUAUAUAUUUAUUUUUGUUUUGUUAAUGGUGUACAACAGUGAUAAUAUUCGUUAAUUUAAUUAAUACACAAUUAACAUUCCUUUAAGUCUAAAAUAAAAACCUAUA